UCUGUACUGCUGCAAGAAGACCUUGCUAUAUGCCUCUAGGCUGAGAAAUGACCAAGGGGGGGGGGCUGUUGCAUGGGCAGAUGGUCAUGCAAGCUGCCCUAUCCACACACAUGUACCUAAGUCGCAAAGUGGGUGAAAUGGAGUCAGCUUUCCUGUGCGUCCACUUUCUGGAAAGGAAUUCGGAGGAAUCUGGGAGGUGAUCAAAGCUGGCUCCAUAAGAGUAAGCCAGGGACUGCCCACCGAGGCAGACCACCAAGGCCAAGAAAGCCAGAUGUGUUGACAAGUGUACGUAAAGACUUGGGUGGGAUAGAAGAGCAAACUGAAAACCGCUGGCCAUCCAAGCAGGUCCUGAACAAAUGUCUCUGCGGCACCUGCUGCCAUUCCCAGCUCAGCUUUACAGCGGGGCAGGUAUGUGGGCAGACUGGGGGCAGGGUAGCUAAGAGACGGGUUCUGACGUCGGUUGCGAUGCCCGGGAGAUGGCAGGGUAGCAACAGGAGGAAGCUGGCGCAGUCCGGGGGCACGACCGUCAGCUGAUUUUGGAGAGCCAGUCCAGCGGCCCGCGUUGCAAGGGCGGAGCCGCGGCCGACGUCACUGCCGCGGCCGACGUCACCGCCACUUGCCGCAUCCGCAAGACCGCUGUGGUGCAGCUCGGGUGCAGGUCUCUGCGGGAGCCACCUAGACCUCUGCGGCUUCUCGUCUACCAUGGCCGACUCAGAAAACCAAGCGCCUGCGGAGCCGAGCCAGGCGGCGGCCGCGGCAGAGGCGGAGGAGGUAAUGGCGGAAGGCGGUGCGCAGGGGGGAGACUGUGACAGCGCGGCGGGCGACUCUGACAGCGCCGCUGGGCAGACGGCGGAGGAGCCCCAGACCCCUGCAGAGAAUGCACCAAAGCCUAAAAAUGACUUUAUCGAGAGCCUGCCUAACUCGGUAAAAUGCCGGGUCCUGGCCCUCAAAAAGCUGCAGAAGCGAUGCGAUAAGAUAGAAGCCAAAUUUGAUAAGGAAUUUCAGGCUCUGGAAAAAAAGUACAAUGACAUCUACAAGCCCUUACUAGCCAAGAUCCAAGAGCUCACCGGUGAGAUGGAGGGGUGUGCAUGGACCUUGGAGGGCGAGGAGGAGGACGAUGACGACGAUGAGUACGAGGAUGAGGAGGAGGGGGACGAGGAGGAGGAGGAGGAUGAGGAGGCUGCGGCUGCCGCUGCCAAAGACGAGGGUCCCCGCUCUGCAGUGUCUGACGACGCUAAGAAGUAAGCGGGGCAGAGACCGAAGAGGAGAAGGACGGCGAACAAAAUCCUACCUUUUUUCUUUUUCUUUUUCUUUUUUUGAAUAUUGGUGAACUUUAAAAAGGCUCCGGUUUGGGACCAAAAUACAAUGUGAAUCAAUUCUGACAUUCCUACAAUUAUAUUAAAUUGAAGCAAUCGGAUCCUGGCCAGCCUGUGUCCAGUUUUUCAUUUUGAACACAAUAAAUAUAUCUCAAGGUGUUGAAGAAAAUGAGACAAAUUAAACGUACUUUUUUUAUGAUCUCUUCUGUGAGGACAGGAACUGAGGCUUAUAUUAAGGGUGUCAAGUAGAUGUGAAGUCAAGAAUGUCACUUUCAAACCCAUUCAUCACACUAUCGUCACACUACACACGGAACACCCAAGCCAAGACUGAACAUGUUCUCCAUGCUUAAUUCUUCAAUUUCUUUAGUCCUGAAAUUUUCCAGUACAGAAAAAGAAGAAUCCAAGAAAAAAAAAACUCAUCUUUAAGACUUUGCUUUUGUAACCCAGACAUAAGCUUUACACGUCAGACAGAGUGAUGGAAUCGAGGAAGCCUAUGAUGGAGAUCAAUGACAGUUCUGUUAAUGAGGCCUGGAAAACUGCCACUUCAAAUUCUAAACAAUGUUCUGAAUAUCUGAAUUUAGAGAAAGAUGGUUCUGAGAAGGAGGGUGUAUAACUUGUACAAUAUUGUCAACAUAUGUGUUCAUUAUUUACAGUCUCAUGUUUAUGUGUUUUCUUGGUAGUGUCUAUUUACAAAGGUAUAGAAAAAAACCCCAAACGUUUAAGUAUUAAAUCCCUUUACCUAGCCUUUUAGAAAUAUUAAUUUACUUGAAGAGGUAUAGAAUGUAGCAAAUUCUGUAAAGCAUGUGUAUCCAGUGUUAUGUAGUUUGAUCCUUGUGAAGUCUUUUUGUCAUGUAGCUUUUAGAAUGUAGCUGUGAAAAUUAUCAGAACUCUUCACUGAAGCUAAUGUUUGGAAAAAAAUAUAUACUUGAAGAACCAAUCCAAAUGUGCGUUCCCACCCCCAGCUCAGAAGUAGAAAGGGUUUGUUUGCUUGUAUUAGCUGUGCCUUCAUUAUUCUGCUCUGUAAAUGUGACAUAUUAAAUAUAAAAUGGUGCAAAAUCAAAUUUCACUGCUUGAGGAUAGAUUGGCAUACAGUUGAGGAUUUUUAGGAAGGACACAUUUAAUGUAAAGACUUAGCUUCUUUGUGGGUUUUGAAUUGUGUGUGACCCGGUGAUCUAUAAAGAAACAUAAGCAUAAAGUUGUUUACCACUGUGGUGUUAAUAAAACAGUAUUUUCAAAAAACAAAGGACUCAGUACUCUGCCUGGAAUCAAAUCCGAGCUCUGCCUCCUAUUAGCAAUGAACCUUGGGCAAUCCAGUUAAUCUGUGUUAAAGUUCUCAUCUAUAAAAGGGGAUAGUAAUACUCCCUGUCCUUACAGGCUAUUAUGGACAACAGUGAGUUCAUACACAUAAAUCCCAUAGAACAGUGUCUGAAACACCCAAGAAAUUUCAGCUAUUGUUAUUAUUGUAUGAAAGAUAGAGACACUGAUUGGAAAUCAAACACUCAUUCUCUCC